CACCGUUCCCAUUUCCCUCUCUGUCUCCUGUCAUCCAUGGCUGCCUCCUCCACAUUUCCUUUACGCUCCUCACGCGCCGCCCUCCAAAACCCAACCUUCCUUCACUCUCGCCUAAACCCUACUACGCCCACUCCCGUCCUCUCUUUCCCGCUCCGAUUGCGCCACACCAAAUGGUCCGUUAAGCUUCCACCUCGCACCUUCAAGACCUUCUCCGUCCGCGAAUCCAGAGCUCCGCCGGUUACCACAGACUCGUGGGAGAAAUCGGUUAUUAACAGUGAAACUCCUGUCCUAGUCGAGUUUUAUGCAAGCUGGUGUGGGCCGUGUAGGAUGGUCCACCGCGUGAUUGAUGAAAUCGCGGUUGAGUAUGCUGGCAAGCUCAAGUGCUUUGUCCUCAACGCGGAUGUUGAUUUGCAGAUUGCUGAGGACUAUGAUAUUAAGGCUGUACCUGUGGUUUUGCUGUUUAAGAAUGGGAAGAAAUGUGACACUGUGGUUGGUACCAUGCCAAAGGAGUUCUAUGUUGCUGCCAUUGAGAGGGUCCUGAAUCCGUAACCAUCUCUUCCUAUUUGCGCCAAAAGGAGUUGAGAACAGUAUUAGUUGAUUUUACCCCGACAUGAUACUUGUAAGAUUUUCCAUCGCCUGAAUCUUCAAAGGGUUUAUACAGGCUGUACAUAUAUAUAUCUUAGACAUAUGCCUACUUCAUUACCAGCAUAGGUCUUAGUUACAGCAUUACCUGUUUCUGGUUGAGGCAUUGGCUGAAAUGUAUUGCACUGUUGUUGAUUGUUCAUCCCCAGUUUAUUUUAUUGGCUUGAACACUGAUUUGUGAUUGUAAUGCAGAGUUAAUGAUUCAUUCGAAUGAAACAAGGUUAAUUGUUGAUCACAAAA